UAUAUCUUGUUCAGUCGCAUUUUCGCUCGUUUGUUUUUGCACGUUAAUAACAGAGCGAGACUAUUGAUCUCGAAUGCAGCUAUGGCGAGGUAAUAAUUUCCACAAAGUGAUCGAACGAGGAAAAACCUGUAUGACCUGUAUCGAACACCCAUUGACUUUUGCUCCUCGCCAGCUGUUAAGCCAGCUUAAUCGGAAAAGCUCCCCUGAAAAUUACCGAACGUGUCUUCUUCUUUCAGGCGUGUCUGGUGGAGAAUACCAGCCGCGAAGCGUGUUGUGCUUAACGGCACUAUUAGAAUAGUAGACUAGUUAGAGCUUUAAUUAUCUGCUAAUUGGAUUCCGGGAUUCGUUGGGAAAUCCGGGGAUUCCAGAAGGGACUUUAAGCAGCCAUGGGGAAGCAAAACAGCAAGCUAAAGCCGGAGGUGCUGGAAGACCUCAAACAGAAUACGGAAUUUUCAGAUGCGGAGAUCCAGGAGUGGUACAAAGGAUUCUUAAAGGAUUGUCCCAGCGGGCACCUCAGCGUGGAGGAAUUCAAGAAGAUUUACGGGAAUUUCUUUCCCUACGGCGAUGCGUCAAAGUUCGCGGAGCACGUAUUUAGGACAUUCGAUGCGAACGGCGACGGUACGAUCGAUUUUCGGGAAUUUCUCUGCGCUCUCAGCGUUACGUCCCGCGGCAAAUUGGAGCAGAAGUUAAAGUGGGCCUUCAGCAUGUACGACCUGGAUGGCAAUGGUUACAUCUCGCGACAAGAAAUGCUGGAAAUCGUGACGGCGAUCUACAAGAUGGUGGGCUCCGUGAUGAAAAUGCCUGAAGACGAGUCAACGCCGGAGAAACGAACUGAUAAGAUAUUCCGACAAAUGGAUAAGAACAAGGACGGCAAGCUAUCGCUUGACGAAUUUAUAGAGGGUGCGAAGAGCGACCCGUCUAUUGUGCGACUGUUGCAGUGCGAUCCUAGUGCACAAGCUCAGUGAGGCCCUGGGCCAAUACAGACAAAUAUCGAUAUGCCAUCAGCAUACCCAAAUCGGUUCCCGGUCCAAUUAGUAUCCUAAGUAGAAGCGACGCGAUCGUAGAAAGUUGUCCGCCGAAUUGGACGGUGAUUCGGGGAAGCUACCGAAACAUUAUCUUCGCACGUUUGAUCGUUUUGAAUUUUUAAUGUAAUAAUAUUCCUUAGUUAGUCCUUAGAGAACUGUAGGUUAAGUAACUUAUUCGUUAACAAUUCCCAAAAUAAGUUAUGAAAAUGAUUUUGUCCUAUCAGCGAUUUUUAUUUGGAAACUAGGGAUGUUAAUGCGCAGAAUAUGAUCGUUAGGUAAAAAUUAUGUACGCAUUUUGGCAAUAGAUUACAUUUGAUUCGAGGAACGAUAGGGAUAUGUGAUAUUAGAAAGAGAAAGAUACAAGUUAUUAUAUAAUUUGUCUUAAUAUUAAUCUUUAUUUUAUUAUUAUAUCGAUGAGAAGAAAAAAAGAGAUUAGUUGUUGCAAAUAUAGUUGCUCGAGGAUAUCGUCUUGGCGGUUUCUCUCUUUAAGUAUUCUACGAUCGCUCGCGCAGGCUUACGCGCAAACAGAGAUGUGUAAGAGCUCGUAUAAAUUGGACUGGUACCCGAGAGGUCCAGGGUCACUGGGCCCAUGGCGCUUGCGCAUACCGCAAGCUAGUCGACAAGACUAGUCCAGUCGCUCCGUUUCAUUGACGGAUCGGUUUAGCGAAAAGCUUGUUACGCCUUUCGGGUCAUAUUAGAAAGCGCCAAGCGAUGACGCCAUCCAUGAAAGAGAGGACAUUGCGUUGAUGCCGCCGAUGCAUCUUGAGAGGGCGGAGGGAGGGGAAGAGGUAGACUGUAUAGAUUCGGUUGAGCCGACUGUUUGAGAGAUGUCGCGAGGAGAUGAGAUUAGCGAAAUUCUAAAAUAUUCUCUGUGUUCGUAAUAUCCGUGAUUUUUCGGCAGCGUGCACGGCAAACAAGAGCCUUGACGAGCGACGACGUUCGAAUUCCGUUAUUCUCUCUGUCGCUCUUUCUCUCUCUUCCUUUGAGUUAACGAGAGUGUGCGGAACCGCGAACCGCGUCACGCGUCACAGCGGGAUCCUUGUAUAUACUUUAGCGAAAUCGUUAUUAGUGCGGCAUCGACGCACGAUCCUCGGACUGCCGAUCUCAACACGCGGAGGCUCUCGCUCCUCGACCGUGCGGAGUGGCCAUCAUUGUUCUUGCGCACCGUAUCGCCGCCCGUCUCGUUUGGUAUCCGAUACCCAGUUCGGGAACGGGGAGAGAUGCCAUCCCCUUCGGGGAGGGGGGACUCACUUCUCUCUGCGGUAUCGCAUCCCUCACCCUUACGGACCCCGAGUGUCUCGCCUCUCGGCCCACCACAUUAAAACGGACUGACCCAUUUAACGGAAAAGACUCACAGGAGACUAACAGCCGCGUUGGCGGUCGUUCCACCACGCGCUAGCAACGAAAAACUUAGUGAUUUAGAGAUCCGUGAGAUUUUAGGCAAAGGUCACUGCGAAAUCGCGAAAUCGUACACCCGCAAAACGCGGCGCUUUGCUAGUUAAAUUGCGCUUAGAGACCGAUCUAGAGCUUUGACCUGGUAGAAGGAAA